AUGAUGAACAUUUUCGAGUUCCUCGGGGACAUGUCCCACCUGGCGGCAACGGUGCUACUACCAUAUAAGCUGCAUACCUCCCGGAGUGCCGCAGGUGUGUCACUCAAGAUGCAAGAGCUAUACAUGGUGGUCUUCUUGACGCGGUACUCGGACUUGCUAUAUGUUUUUUCUUCUUGGUACAACAGUGUGAUGAAGAUAGCGCACAUCUUCCUGACGGGACUCACUAUUGGCAUGCUCAAGAGCCGACCGUCUCUCAAGGCUUCAUACGACGCCUCCUUGCACUACUACCUUCCUGGCGUUCUCCGAUUUGCGUGGAACUUCUCGGAAGUGCUGGAGCCGCUGGCGGUCGUGCCACAGUUGCUCGUGUUCCGGGGCAGCACGGACGCCGGGCGUCUGGGAUGGACGUAUGUGACCCUGAUGGGCGCCUACCGAGCGCUCUAUAUUCUCAACUGGGUGUACUUGUCCUACAACGAUUACGCGUACCGACACCAUCCGCUUGUGUAUGCGGCGGGGAUAGUGCAGACGGGGAUGUACCUCAUGUUCCUCGUGGAUCGGAGAGUCAGGUGCGCGCGAGAUUCCCUGCGUGGCGUGGGUGUUUCGUGUACUCUCUGA